GCCAGAACAUCGUGAACUUCAUACUAGACAUCAUCUUCGAAUCAUUCAAAAAGUAAUACAUCGACCAUCACCUCCUUCUACUACACUACUACAACACCAACACUACUACUACUACCAUCAACACCAUGUCUUCUCCAGCACCUCAAUACGUCUACGUCCCCAACCUCGUUGGAGGACAAAUGCUCCGCCUCCCCAUUGAAGACCUCUCCUCCGACAGCGAGUCCACCAUCUCCCAACAACCCAUUGCCAGCCCAACCCUCUCCUCACGAUACACCCGCAACUCGUCCCCUUCGCCAAGCGUCGAGAGCGUCGAGUCCGAGGAAACACCCCAUACCCUUGGAACACCAUCUCUCACAAUGAUCAUCCUUGCUAUCUCAAUCUACUACCAAAUGUCCGGCUGGCUCUCAUACCCCUACACCCCACGCUACCACAAUACAACAACCGAGUACAUCGCUCUACCACCUUCAAAUGACCCUUCGAUAGCCGCUCGCAACGACGCCAUAGCCAAAGACGCCACCGCAUGGGGCUGGCACAUCUACAACGUUGACGUGACCUCCCCUAGAAUGACAAAAUGGUGGGCUCAGUACGAAACUGCAGCAAAGAGCGAGUCAUGGGACGACGAUAUAUGGCGGAUCUAGCAGAGAGAGCAUGGUGUUAGGAUCGCGGACGAAGACGCAAAAAAGAACAUUGGCGACAAGGAGAGUGCGGGCAAGGUGGAUGCAGUGAUUAGGGGGGGUGAAGAAGAUUGGACAGUGGGCGAAGAACUCGAGACAGGCGGCAGAGGCCGAAAUGCGACAGAUUGAGG